AUGGCGUCAGCCAGAGGCAGCUGUCGCAUCGCCCGCGCCAUCGGGGCCGUGCUCCCCCUGAACUGGCUUGGAGACGCGUCGUUGGGGCAGCCCCCUAACAGUUCCGUGGGCAACGGAUCUGAGAGCACUCGCCCGACCUGGGGUCCCCGCAGACCUGGACAGCCUGGCCUGGCCCUGUGCACUUUCGGGCUGGUGGGCAACGUUCUGGUGCUGGUCCUGGUGCGGUCUCAGCAACGGCGCCGCCGCUCGCUGCUCAACUGCUUCCUCCUCAACCGUGCAGCCACCGACCUGCAGUUCGUGCUGACACUGCCCUUCUGGGCCGUUGACAUGGUGCGUGACUUCAGCUGGCCCUUCGGGAGUGCCAUGUGCAAGGUGGUGCUCGCGGUGCUCAACAUAGCCAGCAGCUUCUUCCUCAGCGCCAUCAGCGUGGCGCGCUACUGCGCCGUGGCGAGCGCGCUGCGCCCCAGCCGGCCCGUCCUGGCCACCGCGGCCACCGCCCUGUUCGCCAAAGUGGCCAGCGUCGGGGGCGAACGCUUGUGCCUGCUGCACUUCCCCGACGGCGGUCCCGACUGGCUGGCCUUCUACCAUCUGCAAAAGAUCGCCGUGGCCUUUGUGCUGCGGCUGGCCACGCUGGCGCUUACGCUCUGGGGGGUGCUGGUCAAGCAGAACAUCGUGCCCUGGGACCGCACCUACUUCCUGGCUCAGGCCUACCUCUUCCCCCUGUCCAUCUGCCUGGCGCACUCCAACAACUGCCUCAAUCCGAUGCUCUACUGCCUGCUGCGCCGCGACUUCCGCCAGGGCCUGCGAGAGCUCUGCGGCCGGGCCAAGCGCCCCGUGGACCUCCGACCGUUCUCCGACUGCCCUGCCCCAGCUACCGCGCUCUCUGAUUAG